AUGCACAUCACACGUUGUUAUUUCUGCUCAGGACCUUGUUACCCUGGUCACGGUACUAUGUUUGUCCGUAACGACAGCAAGACUUUCCGUUUCUGCAGAUCCAAAUGUCACAAGAACUUCAAGAUGAAGCGUAAUCCUCGUAAGGUUCGCUGGACCAAGGCUUUCAGAAAGGCCAGUGGAAAGGAAAUGGUUAUUGAUUCUACCUUUGAGUUUGAGAAACGUCGUAAUGUUCCUGUCCGUUAUGAUCGCAACAUGAUGGCUACGACCAUCAAGGCUAUGAAGCGUGUUCAAGAGAUUCGUUCUAAGCGUGAGCGUGCCUUCUAUAAGAACCGUAUGGCCGGUAACAAGGCUUUGGAGAAGGAAGACGAUAUUCGUGUCGUUAACCAAAACAUUGAAUUGGCUCCUCUCGAAUCAAAGAAGAGAGUUCAAGCCAUGAAGGCAGAGAAGGCCAAGAACGAAAAUAUGGAAAUGGAAGAUUAAGUCGUCGUCGUCGUCGUCGGCGUGUGAGUGUGUUGUAAAUCACCCUCCCCCUUUUUGUAAAUAGAUUUUUAGAGACAUUAUAAUAAUAAAUCCCCAAUAUACUCUUUUUUUUUUUUUUGAC